GCUUUUAAUAGAAUCUCAAAGCGCAGGUCAACUCCGUUGGAACUAUUCUAUUGGAACUAUUCUAUUGGAACUACAAGGAAGGUGGCGCCAGUGGAGUUGUCAUGGAGAAUUCUGUGUUGUGGAUAUUCCUGACAGCAACAUGUGUUAUUAAAGGUGAGAUACCCUCUAGUCUACCCGCCAACCUUAACCCUACCAUCAAAGAGUUGGUUCAUCCUACAUCAUGCAUCUUCAAUCUGUAAAUGAAGAACACACCUUAUCCUCUGGUGUUCUAUCAGGUUUAACUCUGAGAACAGCUGCCACACCGCAUCAACACUUCUAUACAUAAACAACAUAUUACGCACACAGACACACCACACACACACAGACACACACACACACUAACACACACACACACACACACACGUAGGUCUGUAUUCUGUCUGUCUGCCUGCCUGUUGAUAUCGCUCUGGUUCCAGAACACAGAUGAAACAUGUAAUCCCUGAGCUCCUCUUGAACGCUCUCCAACACACACUACUCAUGCUGACAGUGCCAGAGAUCCCACACACACAAACACAGACACACACUACAUAUCCAAAUAGUCCAACAGAUUACAAUCAAUUUGGCAGAGUAGAAGUGGAAGCAGACUGUAUCUGGGCCAUACGCACACACACACACACACACACACACACACACACACACACACACACACACACACACACACACACACACACACACAAACAUUACUUUGAAAAACAAACAUUUAAUUUCAAGUAAUGUUGGCUGCCUUUGCCUGGUAUGUGUUGCUAAUCUGCUGCUGUGUUAGCAAGCUGGAAGCUAUCCGUUGGUUAACUGUUAGAUAGCUUUUACUCAGCUGUUAACUAGUUGGUAGUUAGCUGUUAAGAAGUUUGUAGUUAGCUGUUGGCUAGCUGUUAGUUAGCUGUUAGUUAGCUAGUAGCUAGGUGUUAGCUGUUAAUUAGCUGUUAGAUAACUGUUAUUUAGCUGUUAGUUAGCUGGUAGUUAGCUGUCUGUUAGCUAGCUAUUGGUUAGCUGUUAGUUAGCUGUUAUUUAGCUGGUAGUUAGCUGUUAGUUAGCGGUUAGAUAGCUGUUAGUUAGCGGUUAGAUAGCUGUUAGCUAACUCUUAGCUAGCUGUUGGUUAGCUGUUAGUUAGCUGGUAGGGGUAGGGUUAAGGUUAAGCUGUACAUUUUGAAGUAACAGAAGAGUUCAAUAUCUAGUACUGGUUCACCAUAGUGCUACCGUUAGUAACUCUUAGUUCAUUUCCAGUAUAUUAUUUAAAGUGUGUGUCUGCAUGUGUGUGUCUGUGUGUGUGUGUGUGUGUCUGUGUGUGUGUGUGUGUGUGUGUGUGUGUGUGUGGUUGUGUGUGUGUGUGUGUGUGUAGUAGGUCACAUGGUCAGUAAGACAAACAGCCUCUCAUUCCUGGUCAAUCACAGACUAGAGAUUAAACAGUUAAUCUCGCUCUCCUAGAUCUCGCGAUGAGAGAUAUCGAUAUCGAUCUGCGAGCUCUCUCGAUGAUCACAUCUCUAUCGCUCUAUCUCUCACGCUCUCUCUCUGCUCUCUCUCUCUCUCCUCACUCUCUCUCUCAUUCUCAUCUCAUCUCUCAUCUCUCUCGAUAGAUCUCUCUCUCUCUCUCUCUCUCUCUCUCUCUCUCACUACUCUCUAUCUCUCUCUCUCUCUCAUAUCUCGCUCUCUGACUCUAUGUUCUUUCUCUCUUUCCCUCCCUACAUGCUCUAUUUUCCCAAUUGAGUGUAUGUCUGUCUGUCUGUCUGUGUGUCUGUCUGUCUGUGUGUCUGUGUGUGUGUGUGUGUGUGUGUGUGUGUGUGUGUGUGUGUGUGUGUGUGUGUGUGUGUGUGUGUGUGUGUGUGUGUGUGUGUGUACGUGUACGUGUGUGUGUGUGUGUGUACGUGUGUGUCAGACAGUUAGUCUGUGCUCCUCUCUGUUCCUCAUCUAAAGCUUAGGUUUAACCCUAAUGUGCUCAGCUACAGAGCCCGCCUGAUCCCACUGGGGGACAGUGUGUGUGACCCUAACCGUAACCCCACUUAACUGAACAAGAGUGUAUCUAACUUCUGUGUCCUAGUUGUGUGUGGUCAGUCGGUCCAGAUGGAAGCCGGACAGUCAGGGUAUGUGGGUUCUAAGGUGGAUCUACCAUGUCUCUUUAUCAACAGCAUCCCACCUGUCAAGAUCUCACAGGUAACCAUCACACACAUACACACAUACAAAAUCAAAUAGAACAUCUGCAAGCGCUUUGCCUUGAGUUCUUUCCUCCCUUUAGGUGACAUGGCAGAAGGUGAUUGGUGGAAAGAAACAGAACGUGGCGAUAGCUAACCCGUCUCUAGGUGUGUCUGUGGCUCCGCCCUUCAAAAACAGAGUCAGCUUCAAAAACCCUUUGGUGAGGAUGAUGUGGUGUUUCAGUUGGGUUGUGGUUGUGUUGUGGUUGUUUUCUAACCUUGCCAUGCAGAGUCUUGUGGUUGUGGUAUGGUUGUGUUGAGGUGGUGUUGUGGUUGUGUUGUGCUUGUGGUUGUGUUGGGCUUGUGUUGUGGUUGUGUGGUGGUUGUGUUGUGGUUGUGUUGUGGUUGUGUUGUGGUUGUGUUGUGGUUGCAUUGUGGUUGUGAGGUUGUUGUGUUGUGGUUGUGGUUGUGGUUGUGGAUGUGGUUGUGGUUGGGUUGUGGUUAGGUUGUGGUUGUGGUUGUGUUGUGGUUGUGUUGUGGUUGGGUUUGUGGUUGGGUUGUGGUUGUGGUUGUGGUUGUGAGGUGGUUGUGUUGUGUUUGUGUUUGUGUUUGUGUUUGUGUUUGUGGUUGUGGUUGUGGUUGUGGUUGUGGUUGGUCUCUAAAUAUAUGGCUCUGAUGUUAAGGUGCGGAGGAAAACUCCGUCCCUGGAGGACACCACUCUGACCCUCUCGUCUCUGCGACUGUCUGACGAGGCCAGAUAUAUCUGUGAAUACACCACCUUCCCUGCUGGCAACCGCGAAAACACGGUCAAUCUCACCGUCUACGGUAAGACCACAACACAACCACAACACAACUACAACCACGAAACAACCACAACACAACCACGAACCCAACCACAACACAACCACAACACAACCACAACCACAACCUAACCACAACCACAUCCACAUCCACAACCACAACCACAACACAACCACAACACAACUACAACCACGAAACAACCACAACACAACCACGAACUCAACCACAACACAACCACAACACAACCACAACCACAACCUAACCACAUCCACAACCACAACCACAACACAACCACAACACAACUACAACCAUGAAACAACCACAACACUACCCCAGUCUGCAAAUUGCUUCUGUAUUGCUAGGUAUUUAUUUACAUAUCGUUAUUCGUUUUCCUGUUUGUCUGAUAUAAGGCUGGGAUUCAAUACACUGCCAUUGGAUGCAACAUAACCCCACCAGGCUUUACAGUCUGAUCAAUCCCAUUCAGCCGCAUUAGAAGUUCAUGCUGCCUUGUUACAAGUUCAAACACUGUGAAUGUGUGAUGUUCUAUUGUCUACACUUCGAUAAGAAGGAUUGGCUAUAAAUCCCUUCAUUCAAAUUCAAAUAAAAAAAUGCAUUAGCCUUCUCUAUAGGGAUAAUAUGGAAGGGAGUGGUCUAUAGUCCCUCUAUAGGGAUAAUAUGGAAGGGAGUGGUCUAUAGUCCCUCUAUAGGGAUAAUAUGGAAGGGAGUGGUCUAUAGUCCCUCUAUAGGGAGUGGUCUAUAGUCCCUCUAUAGGGAUAAUAUGGAAGGGAGUGGUCUAUAGUCCCUCUAUAGGGAGUGGUCUAUAGUCCCUCUAUAGGGAUAAUAUGGAAGGGAGUGGUCUAUAGUCCCUCUAUAGGGAUAAUAUGGAAGGGAGUGGUCUAUAGUCCCUCUAUAGGGAGUGGUCUAUAGUCCCUCUAUAGGGAUAAUAUGGAAGGGAGUGGUCUAUAGUCCCUCUAUAGGGAGUGGUCUAUAGUCCCUCUAUAGGGAUAAUAUGGAAGGGAGUGGUCUAUAGUCCCUCUAUAGGGAUAAUAUGGAAGGGAGUGGUCUAUAGUCCCUCUAUAGGGAGUGGUCUAUAGUCCCUCUAUAGGGAUAAUAUGGAAGGGAGUGGUCUAUAGUCCCUCUAUAGGGAUAAUAUGGAAGGGAGUGGUCUAUAGUCCCUCUAUAGGGAGUGGUCUAUAGUCCCUCUAUAGAGAUAAUAUGGAAGGGAGUGGUCUAUAGUCCCUCUAUAGGGAUAAUAUGGAAGGGAGUGGUCUAUAGUCCCUCUAUAGGGAGUGGUCUAUAGUCCCUCUAUAGAGAUAAUAUGGAAGGGAGUGGUCUAUAGUCCCUCUAUAGGGAUAAUAUGGAAGGGAGUGGUCUAUAGUCCCUCUAUAGGGAGUGGUCUAUAGUCCCUCUAUAGGGAUAAUAUGGAAGGGAGUGGUCUAUAGUCCCUCUAUAGGGAUAAUAUGGAAGGGAGUGGUCUAUAGUCCCACUAUAGGGAUAAUAUGGAAGGGAGUGGUCUAUAGUCCCUCUAUAGGGAUAAUAUGGAAGGGAGUGGUCUAUAGUCCCUCUAUAGGGAUAAUAUGGAAGGGAGUGGUCUAUAGUCCCUCUAUAGGGAGUGGUCUAUAGUCCCUCUAUAGGGAUAAUAUGGAAGGGAGUGGUCUAUAGUCCCUCUAUAGGGAGUGGUCUAUAGUCCCUCUAUAGGGAGUGGUCUAUAGUCCCUCUAUAGGGAUAAUAUGGAAGGGAGUGGUUUGUGACACACAACAGCAGCAUCUAACCUAUUUGUCCAUUCAUACCACAGUUACACUUCUAAAACCGCCAAAACAUCCACUAUGCGGAUGUAGGCCAACACGGGUUAACGCUCAAUCUGAUUGAAUAUAGGCCAAUUUUUCCGCGUUCACAGAGACUGCAUUCACGGUCAAUGCUGCUUAUAGUAUGUUGGCUCAAUGGUGAAUGUGCUUAAAGAUGGCAGAAUUCAGAUAUGAUGUCAUUGUUUAUCUACUGAGUCUUGAAGAUGAAAUUGGGAUCAUGUGCUAAUGAACAUACAACAAAAAGAAUAAUGGAGAGCAAUGUACAAUAUGGUGAAUUGACCAACAUUAGAGAUGUGUGUUAAAUGGGGAUUGCCAUCUUUAUGCACCUCCGCUAUUGAAAAUGGACUUUAAAAGCCACAUUGUGUACAGCCAACGAUGGGAUUGAAUCCUGGCCUGAGGAUUGUAUAAUGAUUGAAUCCCGGCCUGUAUAUUAUGUCAUGUGAUAUCCCUGUACACUACAUUUCCUGCAACUCAAAUGAUGUGUCUAGCAGAUAUGUUGCUGUGCUGUGAUUCGCCAAACUGUUGCUGUGUUUGGCCAAGUUGUGAUUUUCUUGUGUUGUUAUUUGUCCAGCUCGACCUUUGACCCAGAUGAGUUUGUCGACACCCACGCUGGUAGCUCGGUCAUCCAAUCUGAAGACGCUGGUCGCCACCUGCCUCUCGGCCAAUGGGAAGCCUCCAGGAACCAUCAGGUGGGACGCCACC